AUGGCAGCUGAUGCACAAGACCCAACAACAUCAACAUCCAGUACGGAUCGGAGUGAAGACGCGAGCAACGUUCAGGAAUCCUCGGGACAACCGAAACCGAAAUAUGGGACAACUAAAUCGCAAGUCGGGAAGCUAUGGGAUGCUUUCGGGAACCCCGAAGAGCCCGUAAAUAUGUUGCCUGGGGCGGGCUCUACUGCGUCUGGAAAUAACUCGAAGGAUGUUACUGUCACGGAAGCUGUGAAGUCAAUAUCACUUAAAGACGCAACAUCGUUUUACAAAGCACCUUGUGCUCGAGACUCCUUACUGUUGGGGAUUGGGGCUGGAUUUGGCAUUGGCGGGGUGAGGGGAGUGUUAGGAGGACUGCGCUCCAUGUGGACGGCUUGUAACUGGGCUGUUGGCGCAUUUGCCCUCACUUCUCUCGCAGCUCAUGAAUUUUGCCAACGACGUCGGGUGCAGGAAUUGGAUGGGAUGAAACAAGCUGUUGAGAUGAUGAAAGAGUUGAAGCUCAAAAAGCAAAGGGAAAAGGAAAAAAAGGCCGAGGAGGCCGCACGUUUGGCUGAGGAAGAAGAAAAGAAACGGAGGAGCUGGGCGAAUUUAUCGAAUUAUAAAUUCUGGUAG